AACAACGAAGAAAUCUUUUGUAUACUUAUCAACCGCUUUCUUCUUCCAACUCUACCUGUACUUUUGCUGCCCUUAUUUCUUUGCACCUUUUCUGUUUUGUACAUUUGUUGCUCGUACAUCAAGUGUAUGAUUUUGUAUAUGUCAUUUUGUUUGUGUUGGAGAGGACAAUUAAGUGGGUAAAACUUGUGUCCAGUAGUGUCCAAUCCUAUUCGUUAUGUUUCAAUAAAAUAUGCUGAAAUCAGGGAGAACAAGUUGAUCUUAUUUAUUAAUCCUUGAACUGAAAUUCUAUCUAGUUUUGAAAUAAAUCAUAUAUCACAUUCAAUAAAUAUAAUAAUCUCAUCGAAAUCCAACACAAGACAAAGUAUAAAAUGUUUAUAAAAAGAAAUACUUGGGAAUAAAUACAGCUGCUCUUUUAUUAGAUGAUUCGUUAUCGAACUUGCUUCAAUUCUUUGGUCCGCCAUUUGUUUUCCGACAACAUGACCAGAGAGAACAUGAUUUCUUUCACAUUACUCUUACUGGUGAGCAGUUUACAUACGUCCUUUGGUGACACGUGUGAAGAAAGACUGAGUAAACUCGAGACAAUUAUAGAGAAGCUCGAACCAACAGGCAAAGCUCAGUUUGCAGAAAAAGAUACAGAAUAUGGAGUGUUUAGUGAAUCAAGUCUGAGGAGCAAAGAGCAACGACUGGAAGACAAAGGACUGAGAAUGGAGAAAAGGAUACAGAACAUGGAAAUGUUUCUAGAAAAAAGAAUCAAAACCCUUGAAGAGAAGAUAGAAUCAAAUAAUCAGAAAAUGGAGGAGAAAUGGCAAGAAAAGUUGAGGAACAUGGAAGAGAAAGUGAAGGAUUUUAAUGACCAGAAAAUCAAGAUAAAAGUUUUGGAAGCUAAGGUAGCCGAAUUAGAGAUGGAGAAUAAGAAACAACAGUCUUUUGAUGAGGAACUAAUGAGAAAAGAAUCAGUUGAAAAGGACCUGGGCACCUUUUCAAAAGCAAUAGCGAGUGCAAAAGAUAUGAAAAAUAUGAAAUUUAAACAAAUGGCUCCAUCAAAUAUAUUGCAAACUUCAUAUUCCAAAGUCUUCGGAAAUACUGGAAAUGAAACUUCACUUGUACAUCAGAGGGAGGUUAAACAAAGAAAAUCACUGAUAUCAGCACAAAAACGUCUACUGACGGGAAUUCAGCCAACAAGUUCUCCUUUCCCCGACGUGGUGGCAUUUUCGUCAUAUAUUUCUACGCAUGAAACCCACCUUACAGAAGACCACACGAUCAAGUUCGACAAAAUCGUUACCAACAUUGGCAACCACUACAACCCGCACUCUGGACUGUUCACAGCUCCACAACACGGUGUAUAUGUGUUUACAUGGAGCCUAUACUGUGCAGUAGAUGGCUACAUCUUUUCUCAUCUGGUAGUCAAUUCUAAUGUUGUAGGGGCGAUGUUCACAACAGCUCAAGGAGCUACAAAUUAUCGAGCAACAACUUGGACUGUAGUGGUGGAAGUAAAUAAAGACGAUGUGGUGUACAUCCGUACUCUUCCAAAUGGAAAUAGCCAUUCGGGGAGCCUAUACAGCGGUGUUAAUUAUCGGUCGUCUUUCAACGGCUGGAGGCUUAAUUAA